AUGAGAAUCCACAUUCAAGGAUGGGUGUUGAUGAUAGUUGUCGUGACGGCUUCCGUUAUACUACAGAAGCCUAAGUUGGUAACCGGACAAGCUAGAGUUCCGGCCAUGUUUGUGCUCGGAGACUCACUGGUCGAUGUCGGAAACAACAACUUUCUACAGUCCAUAGCUCGAGCCAAUUACUUACCUUAUGGCAUCGACUUAAACUACCGUCCUACUGGCAGAUUUUGCAACGGCCUGAACUUCGUUGAUCUGCUUGCUCAGCUGCUAGGAAUCUCGUCGCCUCCUCCCUUCGCGGAUCCAACCACAUCAGGCUUUAGAAUCCUCGGAGGAGUCAACUAUGCCUCUGCAGCUGCUGGAAUCCUCGACGAAUCAGGCCAACACUAUGGAGAGAGAUACAGCCUGACCCAGCAAGUGGUGAACCUAGAGACAACGUUGAGCCAGUUGAGAACGAUGAUGAGUCCUCAAAACUUUACGGACUACUUAUCGAAAUCGCUAGUGGUUCUUGUUUUUGGAAGCAACGACUAUAUAAACAACUACCUCUUGCCUAAUCUCUACGCCACCAGCUCCAGAUUCACACCUCCUGACUUCGCCUACCAUGUUCUAACCCAAUACGCUCGACAACUUCUUACUCUGUACAGCUUAGGACUAAGGAAAGUGUUUAUACCUGGAGUAGCACCACUAGGCUGCAUACCUAGCCAAAGAGCCAGAGGCGUUUCACCACCAGAUAGAUGCGUCGACGGUGUGAACCAGAUUCUUGGAUCAUUUAACCAAGGGCUGAGAUCACUCGUUGACCAGCUAAACCAGAGAUCACCUGGAGCCAUCUAUGUAUAUGGAAACACAUAUGCUGCUGUUGGUGACAUCUUAAACAACCCGGCUACUUACGGAUUCAGUGUAGUGGACAGGGCUUGUUGUGGGAUUGGGAGGAACCAAGGAGAAAUCACAUGUUUGCCAAUGCAGGCUCCUUGUCCCAACAGGUCUCAGUAUGUGUUUUGGGAUGCAUUUCAUCCUACUCAGACUGCUCUUUCAAUUCUGGUUAGACGAGCUUUCUAUGGUCCACCUACAGACGCAUAUCCUGUCAAUGUCCAACAGAUGACUUACCUUCGCUGA